AUGAAUGAUGAAAAUACAGUCAAUAUGGAGAAGAAAAGCGGAGAUAAAGAUGAAUAUGAGAGGGUUAGACCUUGUAAACGUGAAAGAGAAGAUAAUAUAAGUGCCGAAGAGGGAGAUGAUGUGAUACCUGAAGAGUGGAAGACGGUUAAUAGAAGAAAAGACAAAAAGCUGAAAAAUGAGAUAAUGGAAGUUUAUAUAUCAUGUAAUGAAAAGUUACCUAAGCAGUUUGAGUUGGCACGCACAUUUAAAUCACUUAAUAUCACGGAUAUUAAUAAAAUAAAAUAUAUAUCGCCAUAUAAAAUUAAAAUAGAAUGCGAAAAUGAAAAAUGUUUAUGGUCUUUAGUAUCUUGUCAGGAAUUACUGGAAAAGGGAUGGAAAUUUCAAAAAGCUUUUGAGGUUAACUUUUCUUAUGGUGUUAUUAAGAAUGUAGACAUCGAUUUAUCUAACGAUGAAAUUUUUAAUAAUAUUGUAUGUACAGAACCGGCAAUUCUAUCAGCUGUUCAAAGAUUGUCUCGCCUUGGUGAAGAUGGAAAAUGGAUACCUAGCGAAACAGUGCGACUCUGUUUUAAAUAUUCGUAUUUACCACCUUUUGUUACGGUUCACGGCUUACGUAUAAAAGUGGAGCCGUUUGUGUUUCCAGUCUCGCAGUGUUCUAAGUGUUGGAGACUUGGACAUACUGCCAAAAGAUGCCCUAUAGACAAAGUAGUUUGCCCUAAAUGUGGUGGUAAUCACGAUAAUUGCACCAUUACGUCUUUUAAGUGUGUAAAUUGUGGAGAAAACCAUAUGUCCUUUAAUAAGUCUUGCCCGGUAUUUAAAAAAGAGAAAAAGAUUCGCCAAAUUAUGUCUGAGUUCAACGUAACAUACAGAAAAGCUCGUACAAUGUAUGUGGCAGACCCCUCACCGAAUACUAAUGCAAAUUACAAACCUAAGAUAGCUAGUAAUACUUUUAACGAAUGGAGUGAUUCCGUUAAACCAAGCUUUUUUGAACCACAAUCUGGAACCUUGAGUUUUGGAUCAACUAAAGAAUCAGUUGAUGCUCCAUCCUACUCUAGUGUGGUAAAAAUAAAAAAGGUGGCAAAACAGAAUUCGAAUAGAUUACCGGGGCGUAUACCUUUAAAGUCCCGUAAUACAAAAUUAUCAGGUGAAACAGAGGUGAAAGAUUAUUUAUCGGAUACAAGUAUUGAUAACGAGUCCAAAAUUGAAGGGAAAGAUGGGGAAGGGACUAGCUUACCAAAGGACAUCACAUUUAUGGAACUUCUAUCAAGAUUAAAAGAAAUUAUAUUUUUGAAACAGGAUUCUUUACAAACAAAAGUGUUUAACGUUAUAAAGUGUUGUGUGGAAUGGUUAAUAUCGGUAUAUUGUCCACCAUCAGUGAAUACACGACCUCAAGAUUGGGAAGAAAUAUUUUCCAUAGCUUCUAGAAAUACUCUUAUUAUUGAUGAUUUUAACGCGCACCACACCAACUGGUCUCGGAAAAUAGAUUCAAGGGGAACUCAAAUACUUGAUGCGUUAGUUAAUGCUCAGUUCGUUACGGUUAAUGACUGCACACCGACUCGUAUUAAAAUGGUUCAGGGUGUAUUCCACCAAUAUUCCCCUGAUAUAGUUUUUGCAUCAUCAGAUAUAGCACUUAAAGUAAAUUUUCAAGUUUUAAAUGAAAUGUUGGGGAGUGAUCAUUGUGUCAUAAAAAUUUCUACUAAGAUUAAACCUGCCAUGAAUUCUAUAGUUAAACGUAAUUAUAAGAAAGCUGAUUGGGAUUCAUAUAAAAAGCUAUUAGAUCGAAUGUAUGCUAAUCUCUGUUUUCCUGAUGAUCUCCAGCAGGCUUAUAACUUAUUUAUAGAUUAUAUGAAUAUUGCAGCAGAUUUGCAUAUUCCCUGUAGCAAAAUUAGUCGAAACCCAUCCACUAAAUUUACUCCAAGAGCCUAUUGGAAUGAAAAUUUGUCUAAGGUGGUGGCCGAACGCCGUCUGGCUUUAUCGACAUUUCGCCGGAAUCCAAUUCCUGUUAAUUUUGACAAUUUAAAAGAAAAAAUACGAAUAGCACAAUCACGUUUCCGUAAGUCUAAGGACUUUAGCUGGUAUGACUUUUGUUCAUCUUUUGUCCAAACGACAUCGAUGUACGAUGUGUAUCGAAAAAUGCGUUGGGUGAAGGGUAUUAAGUCUCCAUCCACUUACAUUGAUAGGGAUACAGCCUAUAAGUUGCUACAAUGUUUAGCCCCUGAUUUCGUGAUGCCAAACAAACCAGUUUUCAAAUCCCAAAACUUGAAUUUAGAUUCUCAAAUAACAUUUUCUGAAUUAAAAAAUAGUAUUAGAGCAAAAGACUCUAGUCCAGGUUGUGACAACAUAUCUUAUAUUCAGGCUCCGUUUUCAUUGCUCGUAAAGCUCGAUGGUGCUACACCGGACCAUCCAUUGCACUAUAAAGUGUCGGCUAAUAGGGAUUACCACACUUAA